AAAAAUUAUUUUGGUCCAAAUUUGUGACGGAUAAUUCUAAAAAUCAAUUUACUAUUUUUCUAAUAAAAUGAAAGGUUUUAUUUUAAUAUUUAUAUUGUUAACCCAAAAUCUGAUAAUUUUUAACUAGUUGUCUACCAAAACAAUUAGAUUUGUUUUAAGAUAUUAACAUAUAUAGCACUAUAUAAGAAGAAAUUGUAAAUAUAAUAAAAUUCGUGAAAGUUUAUCAUAAAAUUUGUUAUAUAUGCAAUUUCUUAAAAGUGAUAUAUUUAAUUAUUAUUGUGAAAAUUGCUAUACAAAGGAAUCUUCAAGUCGGAGAAUAACAAUGUUCAUUUCCAGGGAAUAACAAUGUUAACGAUGUUUAGAGAUGGUUGUAAUUUUAAAAAUUAAAUUUUAUUAAUCAUCCCUAUAAUAAUUGAUAUCCUUGUAGUCAUCUAUCCACUAAAUAAUUUUAUAAGGAUUUUCUUGACAUCCGUUAAUAUAAAAAAAUAAUAAUAAAACUAAAAGAGAAUAGUGUUUAGAAUCAUUGGAGAAGCAAAUUUCAAACGAAAGGGAGUGGGAAAAGAGAAGCGAAUCUGAGGGCAAAGAAAUGGUUGAGUUCUCUUCGCUACCGGAGGGAGUAAUAGCCAACAUCUUGUCACUGACGUCUCCAUUGGAUAACUGCCGGUUAUCGGCGGUUUCCUGGACUUUUCAUGCGGCGGCCCAGUCUGAUGUUGCCUGGGAGAGGUUUAUUCCUUCAGAUUACCACCUUUUAAUCUCUCGGAUGAAUCCUACCUCCAGUUCCAAGAAGGAUAUUUUCUUCUCCCUUUCCGAUACUCCGCUGCUCAUUGAUGACGGCAAACAGAGCUUUUCAUUGGACAUAUGGAGUGGAAAAAAAUGCAUAAUGCUCGGAGCAAGGGACCUGUCGAUUUCUGGGAGUGAUACCUCUUCCCUUUGGAAAUGGGUACCUCAUCAAGGGUCAAGGUUUUAAGUCUAGUGAUACCUCUUCCCUUGAGAGUGGGCUUGAGAAACAGGUUUGGAGAGGUAGUCGUGCUACUCGACAUAUGUUUGCUUGAAGUAAGUGGAAAGAUAAGUUGCAGAAUGUUGUCUCCUGCAACAACUUAUGCAGCUUACUUUGUGUUUAAGAUGAAGAAACGCAAGUACUAUGGAUUCAAUCUUGAUCCUGUGGAGGCCAUGUUGGGAGUUGUUGGCGAUGAUUGUCAUGGUAAGAAUGUUUGUUUGGACCCUGACUUGGAUAGCCCAUCUUGGUUGCACCAGUUUCUACCGUGGGCAGAGAGCAAUCAGAACAUGUCGGAGUUCGAGCAGCCAAACUGGAGAUCUGAUGGCUUGUUCGAAAUUGAGUUAGGAGAGUUUCAAACUAAUGGGAAAGAUGAUGAAGUUGAGGUCAUUCUUAGGGAGGACAAUCGUUGUUCUCCCAAGAGUGGCCUUGUCGUCGUGGGGAUAGAUAUCCGGCCUAAAACUAGCCCUGCUUAGAUGAACUCCUUGCGACCUUUUUGACAUGCCAAUUAAGCUUGCGUUCUUAAUAUUUUUUCACUGUCAACUUUCAUCAACAAAUUCAAAUUU